AUGGUUUGGAGAAACCAGACCCUCAACUUGGACUUCAUCCUGUUAGGAAUCUUUGAUCACAGACCCACACACAUCUUCCUCUUCUCUCUGGUCUUGGGCAUCUUCACAGUGGCCUUCAUGGGAAACACUCUCAUGGUUCUCCUUAUCUACCUGGACACCCAGCUCCACACGCCUAUGUAUUUUCUCCUUAGUCAAUUGUCCCUCAUGGACCUCAUGCUGAUCUCUACUACUGUACCCAAGAUGGCCUUCAACUACUUGUCUGGCAGGAAAUCCAUCUCUCUAGCAGGUUGUGGAAUCCAGAUAUUCUUCUAUGUUUCCCUACUUGGAGCUGAAUGCUUCCUGUUGGCUGUCAUGGCCUAUGAUCGCUAUGUGGCUAUAUGCCACCCGCUUCGAUAUACCAUCUUGAUGAAUCAGAAACGCUGUGUCUUCAUGACUGUUGCUUCCUGGAUCUUGGGCUCUCUUGAUGGGAUCAUUGUGCUUGUAGCAAGCGCCCUCUCAUUCCCUUAUUGUAGUUCCCUGGAAAUUCAUCACUUUUUCUGUGAUGUUGCUGCCCUUUUACCUCUAUCUUGCACAGACACUUCUGCAUUUGAAAAAUUGCUUUUUAUCUGUUGUGUGGUGAUGCUGGUCUUACCAGUCUCUGUGAUUAUUGGUUCCUAUUCACGAGUCCUUCAAGCUGUCAUCAGCAUGGAUUCCAAGGAGAGUCGCCGCAAAGCCUUCACCAUCUGCUCCUCACACCUGUCUGUGGUUGGACUCUACUAUGGAGCUGCCAUGUUUAUGUACAUGAGACCAGCUUCUAAUCACACACCAGACCAGGACAAGGUGGUAUCAGCCUUUUAUACCAUCCUCACCCCCAUGCUGAACCCUCUCAUCUACAGUCUUCGAAACAAAGAGGUAUCUAAAGGAUUUCAGAAAAUGUUGAGGAAAGGAAAAUUAAUUUUAUACAGCAUCUUUGAAUGCCCACUGUAA